CGACGGAGUGCAAUAAUAUCAGUGCGAGCAAAAUGGAGUGGGUGGUGGGCCAUGCGGUCGAGAAGGGCUGCACGUUUGCGCUGCUGUUCUCCAUGUGUGUUGCCACGAGUGCCGUCGCCCAGUACUGUGAGUUUCACUUUCUUCGGUUCGCCAAGCAAUCGCCGUACGUCCCGGACGCGUUCAAGAGCCUCGCGGCGGCCGAUCAACGCUCUACCUUCUAUCAAGUGGUCGUGUUGAGUGCGAUGGGCGUGUGGACCGCCACAGUGUUUCUCGUGCUUGCGGCCGACGUCCCCAGACGAAGUAUGCUGGGCGUGGUCUACUCGUGCUACACGGGUGGUCUCUUUGGCCUGGCCCAUUUCUUCAAGCAAGCUUACCUCGUCGCCGACUCGGCGUCGCCAUCCACGUAACGUGCCACACCGCCGCCAAUCGCCCAUAGCACUCACGACUCUAUAAAUUAUCGUUCUUUCUAUUCACGUUAACUCGUCUCCGUGUUGGAUCACCCGGGCAA